UUGGUAAAUUUCGAAAGCACGAUCUUCACGGAACCACCACCAAAAUCCAACGACAACCACAGCAUCGCGUCAUGGAAGCUUUACGAGGUGUUCUCACACUGACGGUCGUCGCCUUGACCUUGAUUGUGCAGGAAAGCUAUGGUCGACUAGACUACAUAUCCAGUGUGUCGUCCACAUGUCCCGAAAAUGGCGACAACGUUGCCAAUCUUAGCGUGUUGACGGAUCUGGUGGAUGCUCAGCCGUAUGCCGUGUGCCAAGGUCGACGUACAUUCCUGUUCUUCAAAGUCGGCGCCGGGAAAUGGGGACUACGUGGUCACCUUACGGGCGACCCAUUGAAGGUGUGCGUCUUCAAUAGAAAGGAUGACAGUAGAACGUAUGUUCUCCACGUGUACGUCCCUCUCACGGGCGGCAUCAUUAUCAGCGGGGAGGCACCGAAGGUCAUCACCUGCACCUACGACAACUUCGGCGAGCGCGAAAGCCCGAAAUCGACAUUUUCAAACAGCAAGCAGCCACUGGAGGGAAUUCUGUCCAACAAAGGGAAGGAAGCCAAUUCGACAAUUGACAUGUACCUUUCUGAUGUCCAAAACAAGAGACUUGUUGGCAAAAUUCGAAUGGGACGAUAUAUUCAACUACAAGCAGAGCUUCUCGGAAACUAUACCGACGAAGUUGGCCUACAGGCAAUAGGGUGCUAUGUCAAGGGAAGGUUUUCCAAUUACUACGUUCUUAUAGCAGGCUGCGGUGACGGGAUGAUUAUCAAGAAGACCGAUGGCUUUACCACCAAAGGCCGGAGGACCGCAAGCCCUUACUUCAAGGCUUUUAAAUUGGUCGGGACUCAAACAUUGGACUUCCGCUGUACCUUUGUAAUCUGUGCCAAAAAUUGCGAUGGGAGUUCGUGUAACUACGUAGAAGAUCCAUUGAUGGCGAAGAAAGGCGGCACAAAAUGACUCGAACCAGGAACGUUAUCCACCGUUGUUCUUUGACCGACGCCUUCGUGCAAGUUGGAAUAUCAUCUUACGGCUCCUUGUUGCUAACCGUCUGUUCCAUGCUGUCGUUGUUGCAAUCCUUCUUUGUUUGUGUAGUCGCCCACUUGUUAAGCGAACGCAUAGAAAAAAAAUAAAAAAACGUGUGUGGUACAAA